CUACAGCAGUGCUAGUGGUGGACGGAGGAGAAUGUCUGCCUGAAGAUCGUGUUGCGAUCGCGCGGAUAUUUGCUUUGUUCACAAUCUCGAAGACUAUUACACAAAAUUCACCAAAAUGGACAAUUUGGAAAAGGGAAAUAAAUCUGACGAAGAUUCAGAAUCUCCUGAGGAGGAGGAGGUGGAUCCCCGAAUUCAGGGUGAAUUGGAGAAACUGAAUCAAUCUACAGAUGACAUCAACAAAUGGGAGACAGAGUUGGAGGACUCAAGGCAAAGGUUCCGUGCUGUCCUCGUCGAGGCCACGGUCAAACUAGAUGAGCAGGUGAAGAAGAUUGGCAAGGCAGUGGAGGAGUCUAAACCUUACUGGGAAGCCAGGAGAGUGGCUCGACAGGCCCAGGUGGAGGCCCAGAGGGCCACACAGGAGUUCCAGAGGGCGAUUGAGAUACUGCGGGCAGCUAAGGAGACCAUUGCCUUGGCUGAGGAGAGAUUGCUGGAGGAGGACAGCAGGCAGUUUGACUCUGCAUGGCAGGAGAUGCUUAACCAUGCCACCCAAAGGGUAAUGGAAGCAGAGCAAAGCAGAACACGCAGUGAAGUGGAGCACAGGGAGACUGCAGCCAAGUACAAUGCAGCAAUCAAUCAUAUGAGACAACUGGAGAAGAAACUCAAACGUGCCAUCAAUAAAUCCAGGCCAUAUUUCGAAUUAAAGGCAAAGUAUUACCUUCAGCUCGAGCAACUGAAGCGGAGAGUGGAUGAACGUCAGGCUAAGUUGGCACAGGCCAAAGCUGAGUACAGGACAGCCCUGCGGAACCUCGAGGCCAUCUCGGACGAGAUCCAUGCGCGUCGACGCCUCUCGGCCAUGGGCCCGCGGGGCUGCGGUGUCGGGGCUGAGGGCGAUGGGAGCGGUGCGGAUGACAUUUCCAACUUUAAAAUGGAGUCCGAUGGCAUAUCGAUGAUGUCGGAGACCUUUGAGGAAGAGAGCUGUAAUGGUACUGUGUCAGAGGAGGAUCCUGAGACUCAGUCCACCUGCAGUCUGAGCUCCUGCUCCACAGCCCCCGUGGAUCUGCCCUGUCCAUACCCUUCCUCUUCCUCCUCUUCCACAUACACGCUCUCAUCCUCCUGCCCUUACCCCUACCCCACAUCUUCCUCCAUGUCAUCAUCUCCUCCCUCCCCAAGCCCUGGCACACUGGAACUACCAGGAUCAGACUCUCUGGAGGGCUUUGGGCAGGUCUCUCCAGUGCUGGGUCCGCGCAGUGAGUGCAGUGGAGCCUCAUCACCAGAAUGUGACCAGGAACGAGGGGACAGGGCAGAGGGAGCUGAAGGAAAGCACGACAACACUACCAACACCAGAAUCAUCCAGAAAAGCGAUCUCUUAGGGAAGAGACUCAAGAGACUGUCCCUUCAGCACACAGACGAAAGAGACGCAGAGACUGACCUGUACACUGUGACACCCCCUUCGCCAUCAGUGUUGCUCCUCGAAAGUGUUUGAGGAUAAACCUCAACAACCUUAAGCCCUCCACAAAUGGGCUCAGCAAAACCCUUAAAAUUUGUGUGCCAGAAAAACCAUUGUGUCAACUUCUCGUCCCCUCCAUAUGUGAACUGUGACUCAGAGACUAAAGCCAUCUCAGUGUUGGCUGAGAUGACAGAAGACAGGAAUUUAACCACACAUUAAAUACACAGUAUUAUGAAAGUGGUUGUUUAUGGAUGGCAGCCAGGACCUAACUGAGCUCUUCUGGAACGUUGGUGUUCUUGUCUUCGUGACUCCUAUCUCACUGUCUACCCCUAGUUGUUUUGUUUGGCGUACACUGGUCUUUUGUGUGACCGAAGUGUAUACAUCUCUUGUUGUUCUCAGUCGGUGGAUGUUGUAUUGUAAAUUAUUCAACUGACUUCUAGCUAUGCUACUCCUCAGUAUUUCAUCAUUAUCCUUGUAAAGGGACAAUGAAUUCACAUA